UACUGUAUCUGACUGAAACUGUUGUUUCGUCUGAUAUUGUUUACUUAUUUGCAUAAAAUGUGUAAGAAUUUCUUAGUUUAAAACAUCGAUUUGUUACUUAUCUCAAGCCCAACUAUUUCACCGUAGGUUUUAUCUGAUGUUAGAAAAUGAUAAUUGAAGAAAUACACGAUGACAUGAGAACUGCAAUUGAAUAUGGAAGGACUGACAUAGUCAAAACUAUCUUAGAUAGUUGCAGCAAAAGCAGCUCUGUUGAAAGUGAAGCAGAAAAGGGGAAACUAUUGGAUGAGCUUGUACUGGACGAAGGAUCAUUUCUGUGUUUUGCUGCAAAACUAAACCGAACAGACAUUGUUCGCACUUUACUGGCUGCGGGGGCAGAUCCCAGUGUACGAAACCAGGAGAACCUCAAUGCCCUGGAACUAGCUUCUUCUGAACAGACCAAGCAUACGUUCGUGGAGGAACUGCUACGAGCAAUAGCUAAUUCACAAUUGGAGAGAGUUUACCAGUUGGUGAAGGCAGGAGUGGAUGUCAACACUUGGGACAGUGACGCGACUCGCAACACCCCUCUACACUGGGCAGCGUGCUACGCCGACAGUCAAGUGGUCGCUUACCUCAUUGAACAAGGAGCUGAUAUGAAUGCAGUCAACAGUUGGGGAGCUACACCUCUUCAUGAAGCCAUUGAUAGAGGGGAGGCUGAGGUGAUAGCGGAGUUGCUGUGUGGAGGGCCAGACCUAGGUAUUAGAGCUACUAGAGGUAAACACAUUGGCACAACCCCUCUAGACAUGCUGCAUAACAGACCUCAGUUGGCAACACUGCUGGACAACAACAACUACGGACCUUCUGAGGCAAUGCCCAUGGUCAAUCUGAAGAAGCACACAAGACCAGCCCGCAGCAUCUCUGUGGACUCUUACCACAUGAGGAACAAAACUGACCACAUCACAAACGGACAUCAUGAGAAGCAACAACAGAUAGCACCACUGGAUCACUCACUAAACCAUGCUAGCUCUCUGGACCUGUCCCCUAAACUGGAGCAGGUUAUAGAGAACCUGGUACGGACCCACAUCAGUACUCCGGUGAGACCUUUGGUGACCAACCCUAGCCUGCAUCUCUUGUGGCCACAGCCUCAUCACAUGUUGGAGCUGGCCGGGCCUCCGUUUGUACCAGACCCCCAACUGCAGAUCAGUGUUGUACAGAGCUCCACAAAUGUUCACGAGAUACUGAAUGUGUGGGAGAUCCACCGUAGUCAGUUGCUCAAGCUGGGACUGGAUGUGAGAGUAAAAGAUGUACAGCCUUCCUGUGGUAGACCUGUGUCUAGUCAGGUCACUUGUGUAGUCAACCCCCAGUUGUUCUCUCACCAGCACGCCUACCAGAUACACAUAUCUACUGAUAAGGUGCAGAUAUCUGCAGACAGUGUGACUGGACUGCACUACGCUGUCUGUACGUUCACACAACUGCUGCAGCUGGCCCAGGCCCAGGACAGUCUAGACCUGGUGCCUGUGCUGAUACAGGACCACCCGGCCAUGAAGCAUCGUGCCGUGCUGCUGGAUAUUGCACCACUGAGCCGAGUACCGACAUUGGAUUACCUGUUUGAGAUGAUAGACAAGUGGUCGUCACUCAAAAUCUCUCAUCUGCAUCUCUACACUAGACUGGUGUCCAGCCGGGAAUGGCAACUGUGUUACAAGCAGAGUGACAUGGUGAUGAUUGACCGCUACUGCCAUGACAGGUUCAUCAGUCUCCUCCCUGUGUUGGACAUAGACAACAGUGUUCAGCGCCACGACCUGGAUGAAAUGUGGCCGGUGUUCCAAGACAUAGUCGCUAGCUUUACUAACCUCAAAUACGUCCACCUAGGCCCUAGACUAAGCAGUCUGCUGAUCUGUGGAGGAGAGGAAGGUGCUGAUGUGUCUCUACAGGACAUUUGGCAUCAUCUGUCACUGUCCCCUGAUGUAACUGUUAUGUUGUGUUCUAACACACUUCACAACCUUCACCUUGCCAAAGUCUAUGUUCCUGCCAACAUCGUACUGAUGGACUACGGCUUUCAGGCAGAUUACGACUUUGCUGACUGGACGCAAGAGUUCCACCAAUACGGUUGCACAACCUGUUUAUGUCCUGGAACUGCCAGUUGGAACAGCUUAGCAGGGUGUCCAGAGGCGUCUAUAUGUAACAUAUACAGAGCGGUGCAGGCUGUACAGAACACAGGAGCGUUGGGGACAGUGGUGGCGCAUUGGUCUGGCUCCUACCACAUCACACACUACCCCUUCAGCUGGCCGGGGUUCAUGGUGGGCGCCGGACUGGCUUGGAACACCAACACUCACUGGGACUAUUUGCACAACUCACUUGCCGACCUAUUAGACACACAUGUUUUUGGCGACAGGUCUCACUGUGUUGGCCAGGCAGUGCUGGAACUAGGCCAUGCUGAGACAUACCUGGUCCGUAGUGCCAGAGGUCAACAAUCACACAAUGUGUCAGAUCUGCCAUCACAUCUUGGCUCUAUACUGUACCAGCUCCUGGUGGAUCCUGACAACGUUACGCUCGACAAACUCACCUUGGACCAUUUCUCAAAAGCUACCAAACACAUCAAGAGGUCACAAACCUGCUUGAUGAAAGCAAGACCAGAUUGUAGUGAAACUGUACUGCAGGAGCUCAACCUGACAGUGGACCUGAUGUUGACAGCUUGUAAGAUAGGUCGAAGUCUGGUGGCUGCUGGAGUCAACCCUAACAGUAACAUGGGAUUGGCUGUCAUCAACCUGGGCGUUUGUCACCUACCACCUACCUUCCGCACUGAUGUGGCCAACAAACUGUUGGCAUUGAUAGAGCAGUACAAAGGUGCGUGGCUCCAGCGACAUUUGCCUGCUGGCCUGCAAAACUCUCUACUAGUUCUCACCUCUGCGCUGCGUAGAUUUGUGCCUGAAGACCCCUCGUAGUGGUUGGCCUACAGCAUUAGGAUUAGUGCUAUCACCAUGACAAACAUUCCACUCAUUAACAGCUCUGAAAACAAUUACUUUGAUCUUCUAAAACAUGAUUUUUAAUUGCAGAAUUUAGGGUAGACAACAUUGGACUGGCGUUUCUUAGCAGGAAAUUUCUGUCAUGGUACAGCAUUAGGCCUAAUUAGUAUCGAUUAUCUAUUUUUAUUUAAAUAGCAUUAAAGACUUGUGUCACACCGUAAAAUAGUUUAUUUUGACCGAAGCCCAGUUAAAAAGCUUUCUGGGAAAAUGCUGAUUUUUUUACUCAAAAGCAAUGCAUUUGGUCAUGUUUUGUGUUCCUAUAUAUGUAAAUAUAGGUUGUGUGAUCCAAAAAGAUAGGCCUAAAUAGAAAAUGAAACAUUAAAUAAAACAAGUGGAUUUUCAUUGAAUGAAAACAACAGAUAAACGGCAAUGGAUAGAUUACAGAAUUUUUCUUUGUAUGGAGGAAUGGAGGUGUGCUGUGUCCUUUUCAAAUAGUAAUGUACCACAAAGUCAGGAAGAGUUUGUGAUUAUUGUGGGGGAUUUUAAAUACCCUCCGCUUGCAUUCCAAAAUUUCAUAUUUAUGGACAUUUUUUUUAUACCAUCCAGCGUACCUAAUACUAUCCUUAUAAGAAAUGUCAUAAAGAGAGUGAGUGAAGUUGGGGUUGCUUGGAUAUUUUCUCAUUCAUAGCAUUUGUAAUUCAUAUUUAAAGUGGUUAUUUGCUACUUGCUUUUUUUCAAUUAGCCUAUCCUAACUUAGAUUGAUUUUAUGUAUCAUAAAACGAGCACAAGUAGCUUAUUUAACACUUUAGGCUACUACAGUUGAUCUGAUCAGGUAGGCUAAUGAAUUUAUAUCUAAAUCCUUUGUAUUAUCAUAGACUAAUCAACACAAGUAGACUUCUCAUCCCAUUGUAAAUUUUGAAGCUCAUUUUUGUGUCUAGUUCAUGUACGUGACACAUUGGCGCUAGUGUCGACGAAACUUGGUUUCUAUUAUUUUAGGGUUAAUUUCUUGAUUUGUGCUUUACUAAUUGGUUAUAUAACUAAGAGAUAAGUUAUUGUUUAUGAUUAGAUCUUAUUAUUUGGUAAAACGAGGUUUUAAAUGGCUGUAAUAACGGGAAACAAAUUGUAAACAAAACACGACCUCUACAUAAACCGUACAGAACUAACAAUAAAAUUGUCUUCAGCUGUUCCAUAAGGAUGAGAAAUCUACUAAGGGAGUAUGUUUUAUCUAUGGUAUUAUGCAACUCACAGUUUGUAGCAGUAUUAAUCUAGUGUUGUAAAAAGUGAUCUUAACUACAACCUACACUUAUUAAAUUUGUCUGUACCUGUAUAAAGAAGUGACAAUUUUGUUCCUAAAUGUAUAUAUAGGUUAGUAG